AUGGCGAGCUCGUCUGUGGCGGCGGACAUGGAGCUGGACCGCCCGAACCUGGAGGACUACCUCCCGCCCGACUCGCUCCCGCAGGAGGCGCCCCGGAAUCUCCAUCUGCGCGAUCUGCUGGACAUCUCGCCGGUGCUAACCGAGGCGGCGGGUGCCAUCGUCGAUGAUUCAUUCACGCGUUGCUUUAAGUCUAAUUCUCCAGAACCAUGGAAUUGGAACAUAUAUUUGUUCCCCUUAUGGUGCUUCGGUGUAGUAAUUAGAUAUGGAAUACUCUUCCCACUGAGUUGUUUGUUUAUUGUCAGCACAAAUUGGGAAGUGAUUGAAGCCAACAUAACUAGCAAAACUUUUGGAGUCAAAAGAGGAUUUAGGGAGGCUGGAGGCCCUGUCCUUAACACUUGCAAUAGGAUGGUUAGCAUUUUUUGCCGCCUUUUUUUCCCCGUCCAUUUCUUAUUGAAAGGUCAAGACAAGUUGAGAAGUAAAAUUGAGAGGAAGUUGGUUGAAAUGAUGUGCAGUGUUUUUGUUGCUUCAUGGACUGGAGUGAUCAAGUACCAUGGACCACGCCCAAGCACACGACCUCAUCAGGUAUUUGUUGCAAACCAUACAUCAAUGAUAGAUUUCAUUAUUCUGGAGCAAAUGACAGCAUUUGCUGUCAUCAUGCAGAAGCAUCCUGGAUGGGUUGGAUUUAUUCAGAAAACUAUCUUGGAAAGUGUGGGUUGCAUCUGGUUUAACCGUAAUGAUCUCCGGGAUCGUGAAGUUACGGCACGGAAGUUGCGUGACCAUGUUCAACAAUCAGACAACAACCCUCUCUUGAUUUUCCCAGAAGGAACUUGUGUUAACAACCAGUACACGGUCAUGUUCAAGAAGGGUGCCUUUGAGCUUGGGUGCGCUGUCUGUCCAAUAGCUAUCAAGUACAAUAAAAUAUUUGUGGAUGCCUUUUGGAACAGUAAGAAGCAAUCUUUUACAAUGCACUUGGUCCGACUGAUGACAUCAUGGGCUGUUGUGUGUGAUGUUUGGUACUUGGAGCCUCAAUAUCUGAGGGAGGGAGAGACUGCAAUUGCGUUUGCUGAGAGAGUAAGGGACAUGAUAGCAGCUAGAGCUGGUCUUAAGAAGGUUCCAUGGGAUGGCUAUCUGAAACACAACCGCCCUAGUCCCAAACACACUGAAGAGAAGUGA